UCCCUGACUGUUACCAAGAAAAAGUGGAAAAAAAAAGGCCCUAAAUUGUUCGAUGAGGCCUCCUGUUACAGUUCCGCCACAUGCAAGUCUAAACGGAGCUUUGGCCGGUCCACCGUCACACCCUUCAGAUACAGAGAGAGAGAGAAAUGGCGAGGAGGAGACUGUUGCUGCUGUUAAAACCGUUCGACGUUUACCAAGUCGGCCAAUCAGACGGUCUGUGUCGCAUCACCAACCCUCAGGUACUACAUUACUUGGAGAACAGGCGAAAAGUGCACAAGGAUGCAAUAAACUUGUGUCAGAGUAUUUUGCGCCAGAAGCCUGUUGAGUGGAAACCUAUAGUACGUACUAAUCUAUCCCAGCCUAUCCGUGAUGUGGACCUUGUUGUUACAGUUGGGGGUGAUGGCACUCUAUUACAAGGCAGCCAUUUCAUUGAUGACACGGUUCCAGUUCUAGGAGUGAAUUCUGACCCCACACAACCUGAAGAGGUAGAGAAGCUCAGGAAUGAGUUUGAUGCUAAUAGAAGCACAGGCUAUCUUUGCGGUGCAACGGUCAACAACUUUGAACAGGUUCUGGACAAUAUCCUCGAGGGUCGAGCUAAUCCUUCCAAAUUGACAAGGAUAUCCAUAUGUGUAAACUCAGAAGUGAUUCCAACUUAUGCUCUUAAUGAUAUUUUAAUUGCACAUCCAUGUCCGGCAGCAGUUUCACGAUUCUCAUUCAAAAUUAAAAUGGAUGACCAGCCAUGUUCCCCACUGGUGCAUUCUCGAUCAAGUGGUCUCAGAGUUUCAACAGCUGCUGGAUCAACCGCUGCAAUGCUCUCAGCAGGCGGAUUUCCGAUGCCCAUCUUAUCUCAGGAUCUCCAGUACAUGGUAAGAGAGCCCAUUUCACCAGGAAACACCUCAAGCUUAAUGCACGGAUCAAUCAAAUCUCGUCAGUCCAUGGAAGCUACGUGGUUGUCUAAAGAGGGCGUCGUAUACAUUGACGGUUCUCAUGUUUGCUAUUCUAUAAAGGAUGGCGAUGUCAUAGAGAUAUCUCCCAAGGCCCCAGUUUUGAAGGUUUUUUUGCCUCACCAUUUACAGAACAUUAGUGAAGAAACGUAAGGACGGAUGUUUGGAUAGAAAUAAAUUUUUGUAAGUACGAGCUGUGAAUAUUGCGGAACUUCUGUAAACAUGCGUUCGGGCUGUAGAGUUUUGAUUCUUUGAUUUCGAGCAGAAAUCAUGACACAUUUGACUUGAAACGAUAUUGGAAUUAUUUGGAACCCUGA